AUGAUUCCAUUUGAGGAACAUCGAAAGAGAGCAAUAGAGGACACUGUGCUGGAAAUGUAAGAAACCAAGCAAUAGUGAUAUAUUCCAAAAAUCGGUUUAAACAAUUUCCGGGUUUGUAAUAGGUCUAUAAACAUGCAGUUAUAUAAACACGAGUGAAAAGCGAAAGUUAUGAAGCACGAUACCCGAAAGGGCGUGUUAUUGUAUAUUUUUUUAGUUUAGUUGUACAUGGGUUGGUAAACAUGCAGCGAAUAAUGUUCGUCGUGUUAAAUAAUAAUAUCGAAUAAUCUUUUAUAUAUAUUUAUCACAGCUUUUUCUUUGUAGUGGUGAUUGCGAGGAACCGGUAACUAUACUCCGCAUUUUUCACAAGAAUUUUAUGCGUGGUCGUCCUCUUGAUCCCGUGGACGAAUCAACAUACAUUGCAGGACAAACGACCGAAAUCUUUGUUUCUCGCAUGAACUUAUAUUACGAUGCGAUGGAGGAAAUUCUUUUUGAAGGAAGCGCGCCAGUAGACAGAAGCUUGCCAUUGGAGGUUAUCUUUACAGGGGAGCACGGACGUGAUUUCGGAGGACCAAGAAAAGAAUUUUUCUCCAACAUGCUAAGAUUGAUAAAGGAAAAAUUAUGCGUUGAAAAUAAAGAAGAAGGUGGAUUUGUUCUGGUUGAUAAUGUCACGGCACGAACCAAUCGGUUCUAUUAUGGAGCAGGCAUUAUUUUUGGUAUGAAUGGUUUUACCGUACUGACACAACUAUCUGAAGUACCGACAAGUAUACCUAAAACAAAUAUAGGUGGUCUCACUAUACCGCGAAUUUAAUGUCAACAGAAACAAUUCGAAAAAUCGGCGCAAUAAAAAACGUGGCUAGCGUUUUUAACCUUUCCAUGGUUAUUUCAUGUGUCAUUACGUAUUCAAAAAUUGUUAUUAUUAAUGUUUAUAUAGGUUAUAGCCUACUUCAAGGAGGCCCACUUCCUUGUUUUUUCUCGGAAAGACAGCUACAGACAUUUUUUACGGAGGAUCAAGAGAAAACAGAAAUGGAAGAGCAGUUCGUGCAGGGCAUUGCCAGUUUUGGACUACCACUGGUAUGUAAAGAAUUGUUAAAUAUUAAGAAUUUCUUAAGAAUUGCCCUAUACAUUCACGUUAAUUUCAAUUACAGUUAAUUAAUUGAUUUUAAAAAUUCUCAAUUAAUAAUUAGUUAUUGGUGAUUUAUUGCUUAUUUAUCAUUUUUUGUUUGACAUAUAUAGUUGGUAAAAUGGCGACGUUGCCUGCUAUUCUUAUUCCGGCAGUCUGCUGUUUCUCCGUUAACGUAUCCGAGGCUAGUAAGACUUCUUAAUCCUAACUUCAGUGAGGUAGGGUCGAACAGAAGGAUGCUAGAAGAGAAGGCCUACAGAUAUUUGUUGAAAUACAUGAAGGAAGUAGCGGGUAAGUCGUGGAAACUGUUUUCAAGCAGGACAUUUGAUUCCAUUUUAUUUGGUCUCAGUCUUGACCUGACCUUAAUUCGACUCAGAUAUUUAAUAUUUACAUGCAUGUAUGUAAAAGUAAUAGGUAAAAUUAUUUUAGUUGCGUUCAGCAUAUAUAUUUUUCCUUCUUAUUUGCUCAUGUAGCUGGAAGACGAGGUUCCAUAAAACUGGAGCACAUCCUAAUGUUUGCUACCUGUUGCGAGAACGAGCCUGUUCUUGGUUACGGGCUGUCACCCAGAAUAGAAUUUGUGUACGCCAAAUCUCCUCUACCUACUGCAAACACAUGCAUCAACAAGAUGAGUCUGGUAAUUGGCGGUGAGCUGCCAAAUGAUGAAGAAAGAAUGUUUGAAUUUUUUGACAUAGCAUUCGUCAAUACUCACUUUGGACUGGUAUGA